CCUCCUCGCGACACUCCUCACUCCAGUCCAGCGGGAGGUGCUAAAACACAUACGUUUGUUUGCCAAACACCAUUAAACCUCGGAGGAAGAAGACUAUUUCACCGCGCUGAUGCUGGCUACAAACGGUUAGAAAUCUUGUUUCUGUAAAUAGAAAAAUACAGUUUUUGAAUCAGGUCAGUAAAUACCUGUAAUAUUCGAGUUUUGAAGCAAGCAGGAUUAUCUGGAGGAGUAUCAUCUGAGAUGAGAUCUGCUGCUGUGAAGAUGAUGUUUGUUAAAGAGGAGAGAGAGGAGAGUGAACCAGAAUCUUUGAGAAUAAAACAAGAGGAACCAGAAUCUUUGAGAAUAAAACACGAGGAACCAGAAACCUGCAGAAUAAAACACGAGGAACCAGAAACCCGGAGAAUAAAACACGAGGAAACAGAAUCUUUGAGAAUAAAACACGAGGAACCAGAAACCUGCAGAAUAAAACACGAGGAACAAGAAUCUUUGAGAAUAAAACACGAGGAAACAGAAAGCUGUAGAAUAAAACACCAGGAAACAGAAAACUGCAGAAUAAAACACGAGGAAAAAGAAUCUUUGAGAAUAAAACACGAGGAACCAGAAACCUGCAGAAUAAAACAAGAGGAACCAGAAUCUUUGAGAAUAAAACACGAGGAACCAGAAACCUGUAGAAUAAAACACGAGGAACCAGAAACCCGCAGAAUAAAACACGAGGAAACAGAAUCUUUGAGAAUAAAACACGAGGAACCAGAAACCCGGAGAAUAAAACACGAGGAAACAGAAUCUUUGAGAAUAAUACACGAGGAACCAGAAAGCUGUAGAAUAAAACAUGAGGAACAAGAAUCUUUGAGGAUAAAACACGAGGAAACAGAAACCAGGAGAAUAAAACACGAGGAACAAGGAGAAUUGAUUGAAGGAAAGGAGAAGAAUGAAGUAUCAAUUGAAGCGGAGGAGAAAAAUCAUGUCAAAACCAGGGAAAAUCCUAUGAAUUGCCCGCAAACCAAACUGAAAGAUUUAAAGAAAAGAAGAGCCAAGAAAUAUUUCACCUGCACUCAGUGUGGAAAGAGUUUCACACGUAAAUCAAAUCUUAAGCGUCACAUGAGAGUUCAUACUGGAGAGAAACCUUUCACUUGUGAUCAGUGUGGGAAGAGUUUCUCACAAUCUGCACACCUUUAUGAUCACAUGAACAUCCACACUGGAGAGAAGCAGCACGUAUGCGAUCAGUGUGGUAAAAUGUUUGCACGGGCUUCAGUUCUGAAGAAACACCUCAAACUUCAUUCAAAGGAGAAGCCACAUUCAUGUAAUUUGUGUGGUAACAGUUUUUUGCGUAUACAAAAUGUUAAAGUACGUCAGAAAAUACAUCCUGCUGUGACAGAGUGCAUGUGCUUUGACUGUGAGAAGACUUUUACUUCAGCAACCCGUUUAAAACUGCAUGAGAGGAUUCACACUGGAGAAAAACCUUAUAGGUGUUCACACUGCAACAAGAGAUUCAGUGAUUCAGGAGACCUAAAAAGACAUGAGAGGCUCCACACUGGAGUGAAACCUUACAAGUGCUCACACUGUGACAAGAGAUUCACUCAGUCAGCACAUCUGAAAACACAUGAGAUUAUCCACACUGGAGAGAAACCUUAUAAGUGUUCACACUGCAACAAGAGAUUCAGCGAUUCAGGAGACCUAAAAAGACAUGAGAGGAUCCACACUGGAGUGAAACCUUAUAAGUGUUCACACUGUGACAAGAGAUUCAGUCAGUCAGUCCAUCUGAAAAGACACAAUAAUAUCCACACUGGAGAGAAACCCUAUAAGUGUCCACACUGCAACAAGAGAUUCAGUGAUUCAAGAGACCUAAAAAGACAUGAGACUAUCCACACUGGAGAGAAACCUUAUAAGUGUCCCCACUGCAACAAGAUAUUCAGGGAUUCAGGAGACCUAAAAAGACAUGUGAGGAUCCACACUGGAGAGAAACCUUAUAAGUGUUCACACUGUGACAAGAUAUUCAAUAGGUCAGGAGACCUGAAAACACAUGAGAGGAUCCAUAUGGGAGUGAAACCUUAUAAGUGUUCACACUGUGACAAGAGCUUCAGUCAGUCAUCACAUCUGAAAAGACAUGAGAGGAUCCACACUGGAGAGAAACCUUAUAAGUGUUCACACUGUGACAAGAUAUUCAAAAAGUCAGGAGACCUAAAAACACAUGAGAGGAUCCAUAUGGGAGUGAAACCUUUUAAGUGUUCACACUGUGAUAAGAGAUUCAGUCAUUUAACACAUCUGAAAACACAUGAGAGGAUCCACACUGGAGAGAAACCUUAUAAGUGUUCACACUGUGACAAGGGAUUCAGUCAUUCAUCAAAUCUUAAAAGACACAAGAGGAUCCACACUGGAGAGUAACCAUAUCACUGCACUGCAUGGAGGAAGCAUUUCAAUCAUUCAUCUACUCUACACAGACAUACAAAAAACAAUCACAGUAAGUAGAUCAUCUUCAGAUCCAGCACUUUCAGGUCUGAUGCUGCAAACUAAC